UAUGUCUCUGUAUAUUGCAUUGUAGAUGGGAAGCUCAGUUUUACCCUGUACCUCGAUAGGCAAAAGUGGGAGAAAAAACAAUCGACACAUUAUAAACAUACAGUUUGCAUAUGAAUUUUAAAAACAUGUACAAGAUAAUUUGUAACAAUUAAGUAACAACUGUAGAAAAUUGAUUUGUAUAUACCUAAAUACUGACUAUUACUAAUAGAAGGUAUGAUUUAAAUAUCGUUGCAGUUUCUUGCGAUGUACUUACCACGUAUUUUGUACUCACUGGAUUAGUUAGCUUUAACCUAGCUAAAGCUUAACAAGUUUUCAUUAUCAAAAAGUACUUUAUAAAGUUAUGAGUCAGUGGCAAUAAAUACAAAGGAAAAUGUUAAAAACAUUGAGAUGCGGAAGGAAAAGUUUCCAUGCGUUUCAAAAAGCGGUUACACCAAAAAGAACGUUUUUAUCUGAAGCGUACCGGUGCACAGAAGCAUGGCAAUCUCGACUUAACUCUCCUGUAUUACAAAACAUUGAUCCUGAAAAUCUAUUCAUACAGAUAAAUAACAAACAUACUCUAAAAGGUGAAAUUAGUGCAAUUGAUGUUGAUAUAUUCGCAAAUAUACUAAGGGAUAAAAGUUAUAUAGAAGAGUUGUUGUCGUCAGUAUACAAAUUGAGAUUAACUGCUGAAACAUCAAAUACAUUGGAGUCAACGCAUCAUGCGGUCAUUAGAUAUUUGUGGGAUCAUGAUUGUACAGAUGAACUUAUGAAUGUUUUAUACGACAGACUUAAUUAUGGCAUUUUUCCUGACUAUGUCUGUUAUAAUGCUCUUAUGGAUUCAUAUAUAAAAAGAAAAGAUUAUGGUAGUGCUGCAAAAAUUGCUGUCUUACCUAUGUUACAAGAAGACUUUGAUAAUCCAAUAACUAAUGCAUUAUGCAUUUAUUCUUGCCAUAAAUAUUUAGAGAACCCUGAAGUCUGGGUAAAACCCCAAGAACCAGUAGAUGAUGGCGAAGAAAUUAAAAUACGUGUAAAAUACCUUAUAAACGAUUAUUUCGAUGAUCAUUUCGAUCUUACAGAUCCACGUGAUCUGGUUGGAAAAACUUUAGCUUUUUAUGGAAAAAUUAUGAAUAAUACAUUAGGACGAACUUGUCAACUGCGAGGCUUAAUAUUAUACAAAAAGUAUGAGGAAGUAUCAAAUUUGAUAGAACAAUGGUCAAAAGAUGUUCAAGAUGAUGUUGUUUAUAAAGAAGUUUUUGAUUUGAUAAAGAAAGAUAAUGAAAGCAUACCUGAAGAGGAAAUAGGGAAUAUAAUGUCUGAACUUGACAAAUUAAAAAGUAAAAAUCUUUGUGAAAACAGUUUAAUUGAAGCAAUAGAAAGCGAAGUCAGGUCUGCAAUUGAUAAACAGGCAGAUAUAGACAUAACUAACCAACUAAAGAUGUAUACCGAAUGGGAAGAGAAAAGGAAGAAAGUCUUAGAGGAGCAAACGAGACAGAUGGAGAUAGCUUCUAGAUUAGAUAAUGUACAAAAAAUAAAGGAAGAGAUGAUGAAACAGGAAAGACUUUUAACAUUCUUCGACGAAGAAGAGAAUAUAGAGCUGAAAAUAUCGGAAAUAGAGGCGGAAGAAGAAGCAGAAAUGGAGCGUAUUCUUAAAAUGCCCAAGUCAGAAAAGAAACUAAGAAAAUUGAAGGCAACAGAAGAAUAUGUACCACCUACAAUUUCAAAUUAGAAUAAUCAACCGGUUAUAAUGUCAUUGUAAAUGAUGGAUAAUAUUUUGUAAAUAAAAGUUAUUUAAUAAAUUCCACUCCAACAGAAUUUUCUCUUGAA